CCGGCUGAAGUUAAAGGAGCGGACCCACUGAAAAGUCGAAAGGUUCAUUUUUGUCUUAGUGUGUCUAAACUUGCGUGAACGUGGUAUUUGCGGAAUUAUAGCAAGUGCUGUUAUUUUUUUUAAAGACAUUGCAUGUUUAAUUCUGAACAUACAUCCAACACGAAGUAUUUUUAAAAUCUAUUUUUGUGUUUGUGGUUGGUGCUGGGAUCUCCGAGCAGCCAUGACUGCUCUCUUUGCCUGCGAUGAACCCGCCACAUGGAGGAGUGUGUAUGAGAAGUACUGGGAUGUAGUGGAGGCCAAAACCAAAGACAGAAAACCUGGGAAAUUGCUAAAGCUUGAGAAAUGGUACCAAGAGGAGCUGGCCACACUGAUUUCAAGUCGAUCUGACAAACAUAUUACCCUGUCAGAGCUGGUGAAACUGAUGGAGUGGAAGCUCACAAGAGGAAAGUUUAGGCCGAGGCUGCAGCAGCUGGUGGCGUCCAACAGUGAAGACACAGUAGAGAAAUGUUCCAGAAAGGCUUUCAGUCUCCUGCCGGAUGUGUGGGCAGCAAUCACAGAGCUCAGCUCACUAAAGGGAGUUGGCCCAGCAACAGCCUCAGCUGUUUUGGCGGCAGGAGCUCCAGAGCUGGCAGCAUUUAUGUCUGAUGAGGCUAUGGAGAGUGUACCAGGACUGAAGCCCAUCCAGUACACAACCAAACACUAUGCUCUGUAUCUGGAUAAGAUGACUGCACGGUCUGAAAAAUUAAACAAAGUUGAUCCACAGCAGGACUGGACACCCCAAAAGCUGGAGAUGUGUUUGUGGGCGAUGACCAUAGACACACGGCAGCAUCUCCAACUUCUAAAUGAUGCCGAUGUGAAGGGCACCAACAAACAGGAGACCUCGGACCCCGAUACUGACCAGAGACCAGCAAAGAAACUCAAAACUGUGUAAACUUAGCAUCUUAUACAAAAGUUGAUUUUAUGUUUGUGUUUUUUUAAUAUAAAUAAUAAAGCCUUUAUGUUAA